AUGAAAGCCGCCCAAGAAUCAUCGGGCGACCCCUACAGCGUCGAUCCCGAUCUCGAGCCCGAGUCAGCUGAAAGUAUAACCACCGUCAGCACAAAUACCGCCUCUCAACUCAAUGACAAAAAUUUGGAUGACAGAGGCUUGGAAAAGGGUCAAGAUCUACCCGGAUCAUGGGCUCUUGCAGGUCGCGGUCUGACGGUGGAAGCUCCUGGGGUGGAUUCAGCGACAAAACACAAUCUUGCCUCUCAGUUCAAUAUCAUGCACAAUCUCCAAUCAAUUCGUCACAAGCCAGCGCAGAAAAAGAUCCUUGAUAACAGUCAUGGCUGCGUCAAACCUGGUGAAAUGCUAUUGGUACUGGGUCGCCCCGGCUCCGGAUGCACGACUCUCUUGAAGCUCCUUGCCAAUCGCCGUGAUGGCUAUUCGGUGCAGGGAGAUGUACACUUUGGUUUAAUGAACCAUGAAGAAGCAGCCAAGUAUCGGGUCAAAUCGUCAUGA